GAAAUGUCAUCGGUGUUACUUCAGAUAAAAAUGCGUAGUUGCUCUUGAGUAACGUACGUAUGUUCGAACGUGAAGCAAUACAAAUUUAACAUGCAUAACGUGUGAUUCAUUCAUUUGUUUAAACAAAUAAGAAUAAACAAUUUUAUUCGUAUUUUAUAACUACUAUUAUUGUACAUAUAAAAACGGUUCAAAAAGAAACAAAAUUCUGCUUCAUAAAAAAACAUUUUUUUACAAAAAUCAACAAAUCAAAAGAAACUUUAUCAUAAAUAAAAUGUGUGGAAUUUGGGCUCUCUUUGGAUUGGACGGACAACCUUUAACCUGCAUCUGUAAAAGCUUUCAAAAAAUUGAACAUCGUGGUCCAGAAGCCUUUCGACUUGAAUAUGAUGAUAAAAUCAAAAAUGGUUAUUUUGGAUUUCAUAGACUGGCCAUUGUUGAUAAUCUCCAUGGAAUGCAGCCAAUGAGACUUUAUAAAUAUCCACAUUAUUUUUUAUUAUGCAAUGGUGAAAUUUACAAUCACAAAGAAAUCGGCCAGCAGUAUGGAUUUCAAUACAGUACUGAGUGUGAUGUUGAAGUGCUAAUACACUUAUAUGAAAAUGGUGGUGCCCAAAAUGUAGCUAAACAACUUGAUGGUGUUUUUGCAUUUUGUUUAAUGGAUAUUAAGAAUAGGAGAAUUCUUAUUGGUAGGGAUCCUUAUGGAGUUAGACCUCUUUUCCGAUUAAAGUCUGAUGAUGGACAGCUUGGAGUUUGUUCAGAGAGUAAGGGUCUUAUAGAAAUAACAAAACAAAUAGCAUCAAAAUGGACAUUGGAGCCAUUUAAACCAGGUCAUUAUGAAGAAUAUGAAAUCUUAGAUGAUGGAAGAACAAAAUUGCUAAUGAAAGUAAAUUAUUACAAACCUGGAGAUAAACCCAACUUUCAAGUUUAUACUCCUUGGAAUGCUUUAAACAGCACAGAUAUACUUGGAAACAUAAGAACAUUACUUUCAGCAGCUGUGAAAAAGAGAUUAAUGGCAGAUAGAAGAAUAGGAUGUCUAUUGUCAGGUGGUCUAGAUUCAAGUUUAGUUGCAGCUUUACUUGCAAAACAUGCAAAAGAGGCAAAAUUACCAUACAAAAUACAAAGUUUUGCUAUUGGAAUGGGUGAUAGUCCAGAUAUUCUUGCAGCUAGACAGGUUGCAGAUUAUGUAGGCACAGAGCAUCAUGAAAUCAUUUUUUCAGAAGAAGAUGUAGCAAAAGUGUUAGACAAACUCAUUUAUCAGUUAGAAACGUUUGACAUCACCACAGUCCGAGCGUCCAUUGGUAUGUAUCUCAUUUCAAGAUACAUUAAAUGUAACACAGAAACAACUGUAAUAUUCAGUGGAGAAGGUGCAGAUGAACUGGCACAAGGAUAUAUUUAUUUCAGAGAUGCGCCUAAUGCAGUAGAAGCUCAUGAUGAAUCUAUUCGAUUAUUAAAAGAUAUCUAUUUAUAUGAUGGUUUGAGAGCAGAUAGGACAACUAGUGCAUUCAGUUUAGAACUACGAGUUCCAUUCUUAGAUAUUCAAUUCACAAAUUACUAUCUAUCACUAGAUCCUGCUUCCAGACAGCCUCAAGGAGGCAUUGAAAAGUAUUUAUUAAGAUCUGCAUUUAAUGAUACCAAUCUGUUACCAUCAAACAUACUUUGGAGGCACAAGGAAGCAUUCAGUGAUGGAGUAACAUCAGUUAAAAAAUCUCUUUUCCAAAUCAUACAUGAAAUUGUGGAUAAUCAUGUAUCAGAUGAAGACUUAAAGAAUGCUCACCUUAAAUAUCCGCAUUGUACUCCAAAAACCAAAGAGGCACUUUAUUACAGGAACAUCUUUAAAAAGCAUUACGGAGGACAAUCAGAAACUUUUACACCAUACUUUUGGAUGCCACGUUGGGUAAAGGGAAUUCGUGAUCCAUCUGCAAGAUUUAUUACUCAUUAUGCAGCAGAUGUGAAAAAAUGAUGAUAAAGAAACUAAGAAGGAUUGAAUUUACAGUGAUUUAUAUAAUAAAUUGAAUAUAUUUAAAUGUUUACCAUACAAACAAAAUCUCUGUAUAUUUUUAUAAAAUAAAUUAUAUAUCAAAAUGUU